AUGUUGGGGCUUGUCAUUGUUAAUCCAGGCCAUCCAUUUUGUUCGGGUGUAACUUUGGCUAAGCUUGCUGCUGUUACGAUGGAUGAGCAAGGGAAUGAAACAUUUGAUACAAGUGGUGCGCUUGAUAAGUUGCGGAAGCCACCUAACAAAAGAAGCAAAGCCACACUUAGCUCAACUGAAAAAACCAAAAACCAGCAGCAACACUUUGCACACAACAAGAGACCAAUCAAGAUGAAUCGCACUAUAGGGAACAUCCCUAAAUGCUUAGAUAAGGACUCGUUGCAACUUGAAAGGCUUGCUAUGUAUCAUGAUUCAGAUAGUGUUCCUUGGAAGAUAGACAAGGGAUGGGAAGAUCUCACUCCUGAGGAAUGGGUUCAGAUAUUUGAAGAUGGUAUAAAUGAACCUGCUGAUGAUCGUGGAAUGGUGUCUAAGUGGGCUGUAAAUCGCAAGUAUUUGGUGUCACCAAUAAAUGGAGCUCUAAAAUAUCACCGCAUUGGAAAUCAAGAAAAAAAUGAUCCGGAGGUUCCAUUUGAGAAGGCUUCUCUUGUCCUUAGUGAUGUUUCUUUAACAAUUACUGAGGCACAGUAUCAUGAUUGGAUAAAGCUAUUGGAAGUUGUUUCAAGAUACAAGACAUAUGUUGAAGUUUCCCAUCUAAGACCUGUGGUGCCAGUUUCAGAGGGUCCUUAUUUGUGGUGGCGUUAUGCUGCUCAAGCAGGCCUGCAGCAGAAGAAAAUGUGCAUAGGCUGUUUACGUUACCGAUUCUCAUGGGACCGCAUUCGGAGUCUCUGUCAGCUUCGUCGCCGCUACAUUCAGUUGUAUGCUGGUUCAUUGCAACACUUGUCAAAUGUUAAUAAUGCAGAAAUUAGAGAAAUUGAGAAAGAUCUGGAUUCGAAAGUAAUUCUUUUAUGGAGGCGUACACCUGCUGAAGGUUCUACUAUUGUGGAUGCUGCUGAGGGAUCACAGUUACCGGAAGAAAGACUGACUAAAGAGGAAUGGCAGGCAAUUAAUAAGUUACUGAGUUAUCAACCAGAUGAAGCAUUGACAUCACACUCAGGAAAGGACGUGCAGAAUAUGAUCCGGUUUUUGGUAACUGUGUCUAUCGGUCAAGCUGCUGCUAGGAUCAUUGAUAUAAACCAAACCGAGAUUGUGUGUUGUAGAUUUGAGCAACUUCAAGUGUCAACCAAGUUUAAACAUCGAAGUACCUACUGUGAUGUGUCAUUGAAAUUCUAUGGUUUGUCAGCUCCAGAAGGCUCACUUGCCCAGAGUGUCUCUAGUGAGAAGAAGGUGAAUGCUCUAGCUGCUAGCUUUGUGUACAAUCCAGUUGGAGAGAAUGUUGACUGGAGGCUGUCGGCUACAAUUUCUCCCUGCCAUGUCACGGUUUUAAUGGAAAGCUUUCAUCGCUUUUUAGAAUUUGUGAAAAGGAGUAAUGCAGUUAGUCCUACUGUUACAUUGGAACUGCAACUGCUUUGCAGGUGGACAGUGUUGACAGAAGAAGAAUUUGAGCAUUAG